GUGUAAAGGAGAGUCAGUCUUGGAUAAGCAAGGUAAACAGUGUGAGUGUGAGUAUACGUCUGUGUGCGGCAGGCGUUGCUUUGUGAAAGUGUGAGUUUGUGAACACAUAGUGUAUAUGUACAGUGUGAAGAACUGUUUAUGCCUGCAUAUGACAACAUGUGUCUCUUGGGGGCAGAACUUGUGAUCUUUACUACUUUUUGUGGUAAACUUCUGCUUGAAUCAAACUGCUGUCUGUGUAGGCGCUUCACUGUGUCAGUGUUUGUCCCGGUGAAAGGCGACGUUAGAAAGAGCUGAGGAUACAGUGAACAGCAAUACAGUAGUUGUACUGUAAGGCAAUGUUAUAGGAUAAUUACCUGCCACUUCCAGUGUCUUUUGUGAAGCUUCUCUCGGAGUCUGUCAGGUCCAGUCAAUAAGGGGUCGGCAGGUGGCAGCUGUCAGGCCAUGUCAGCGUUCUGCUGAACUACUGCACAAUGGGUCAGUCUGCAAAGUCUCCCACAGCAGCAUAUCUUUCAUCUGUCUGUUAGCUUCAUCAGUAGUUAUGGGAUCUAUGAGUUGUAAUUCAGUGUUCAAAGUGUAACACUUUCCUUUCUGUUCUGUCUGUAUUGCAGCUAUUGUUGUGUGAAAGUCAGCAGUAAGUCCUGUAACAGCCAUUAAAAUCAACCACUGUGCUCAAGUGUUUUACAUACAGUAGGUUUGUGUGCGUGUUAAUUAACUUUGUAAAGUAAAGUGAUUUACAAGCACUGCAUACUGCUCGCACCCAAAUAUGUCUGUGUGCACUUUUAAGGUCUUUGUUAGAAUUUGCAGCAUUGCACUCAAAUGUUUUGCACUUUGGCAACACAACAGUUUACUUCCCACCUUCAAUCUGUAGUUAAGUAGAGCAGGCUAUAGAUGCGAAUGUAGUUAAAGGUGAGUGCUAGACACUGAUUAGACAGAUUAGAAAGGAAUUGAUCGUGUUUUGUUCAGUUUGCUCUGAAACCAGGCCACGUAGAAACUGUAGCUCCAGGCUGUUUAUAGUACAACCCAGUAAGCGCUGUGCAGAUCUUGGCUUGUUGUUGCUGGUAAUAAUAGUGUUUGCUUUCAGUUUUUAUAAUUUCAAAUGUAUUCAUUGCUUAAAAUUAUUGGUUAUUUUACAAUAAUGAACAGGACAUUACAGUAUACUGUAUAGCACUGCCUAACAGUACAUUAACAUCAACAUCCCACUAGCAUGAGAUGCCAUCAUUCUAGGUCAAGCAGUAUGAAUAGUUGACUGUAGAAUAGGAUGCCUGAGGCCUAACGUACAAUUGAGUCCUAAUAAUCAUCUGACUGAAUAAAUACACUGCGCACAAACCCCUGUCUCAGCCUGGAGGUGGCUGGCUGCCCUCUUUUGUCCACUCUCUGUAUCCUGCAGGCCUAGUUGUAGCCAAGGCUCAUGUUUAGGAGAGAAUAAUGUAACUUAAUAGUAUUUGGCUAUAGUUUGACACUCAGAAUAAGUUUUAAUUAAUGAUUCUAGACCGCACUCCAUAGCCCAUUGGUCUAUUUAGUUGUGUUUAAUGUCUGGCUCGGUACCCAUGUGCUUGUGUCCUUGUGUCAGUUUGUACAAAAGCACGUGACUGGACCUGACUCAGCUUUUUCUUUCUGCUCUUUUAUUUUGAUGACAGCAUGCAUUCCUCUGUUUCUACCCGACCACCCGCGUAUGAUCACAAACACUCAAAACACAUGCAAACAGUCAUGCAUGCAAACAGUGUUGGAGCUCUACUAACAUAUUUCAUUAUAUAUUAUAUUAUUUUCUUUUAUUUUUAAGUUAGUGUGGAACUUAGAGACACAUACUGUAGAGAAAGGAGAAAACAGUGGAGAUGUGUGAAAUCUGCCAUCGCUCUUGAACGUAGCCCUCUGAAACCACUUCUCAGGAAGGAAACCAAUAGCAAAGCUUGGCGUGGGCAUGUACAUACUGUUCCUCAGACAUUACCAUUGCUGAAUGGAGUCUUACAUCCUUUGCUUUCCCAUGUCUCAAUAAACAAACAGUGCUGCAUUGUUUGUUUCAUAUUGUGGUCAGUUUUGGUCUGCACAAACUUACUCUAGAUAAAAUCGAGGUCUGGUUUCUGUAAAGAUUGUUAAAGUCAUUGUAUCAUUGUGUCUGGCUGUGAUUUGGUGCUGAGAAAGCAUCUCUGUGCUUAAAAUAAAGGUCUGACUUCUGACAUUUAGUACUGAUGUCAUGAUUUUCACAAUCUGAACACUGCUUAUUCAGCAAGAGCCUGCUGAAAGCUGGAGAAACAGCUAGAUCAAACCCACCUGUGUGUUAUAUAAAUGCAUGCUUCAAUGUAAGGGCUAAAACUCAAGUAGAUCUGACUUUUGUGCAUUUGUGUGUCGCUUAUUAUGCCCAAUGCCAUAAUGGGUUGGGAGGUAAUUCAGCACUAAUCUGCACUGAUGGAAGAGACAAUGCCGAACAAAGCCGUACUGUCAGUGGAGCCGGGCAAGUGGGUGGAACUGGUUGAGCAUACAGUACAGCAGAAUGUAUUUGGGGGGUGCACUUACAACAAGCCUGUGCUUUGCAUGUUUGUGAGCGUGUUGAUGAAUGAGAAAGCGGCUGUGGCUUUCCCUGCUUUGUUCCAGCCUAUAGCCAAGCCUCAGACCUAGAUCACACCAUUCUGGAUGGCCAAACUGCGGUUCAUCAAGACGAAUGUUACAUAUUAUAUAGAGCUACUGAACAGCAUUAUUCUGGAGGCACCAUGCUGCUGCGUUCAGAGAGAGCCACCAGGAGCCGGUCCUCUGAGGCAAACCUGAAGAAGUUUAUGGAGUAUGUGCAGCAGAGGAACAUUGAAAAAGUCUCAAGAUUCUUAGAAAAAGGCCUGGACCCUAACUUUCACGAUCCAGACACUGGAGAAUGUCCUUUAACGCUGGCAGCACAGCUGGAGGGUUGCGCAGAGCUCAUCAAGGUACUAAAGAGUGGAGGGGCACAUCUGGACUUCAGAACAAAAGAUGGCAUUACUGCCCUACACAAGGCCGUGCGCAGCAAGAACCAUACAGCACUUAUAACGCUGUUGGACUUGGGUGCAUCACCUGACUAUAAAGACAGCAGAGGUUUGACUCCUCUCUAUCACAGCUCAAUGGUAGGAGGAGACCCGUACUGCUGUGAGCUGCUGCUGCAUGAUCAUGCACAGGUCGGCUGUGUGGAUGAGAAUGGCUGGCAGGAGAUACAUCAGGCGUGCCGCUAUGGCCAUGUGCAGCACCUGGAACACUUGCUGUUCUAUGGAGCUGACAUGAGUGCUCAGAAUGCGUCUGGAAACACCGCCCUGCAUGUGUGUGCGCUCUACAACCAGGACAGCUGUGCACGGGUUCUCCUGUUCCGGGGUGCCAAUAAAGAGAUAAAGAACUACAACAGCCAGACUGCCUUUCAGGUGGCUAUUAUAGCAGGGAAUUUUGAUCUGGCUGAAAUCAUAAAGGUCCACAAAACAUCAGACGUUGUGCCUUUUAGGGAGACCCCCUCCUACACCAAUCGUCGACGUGUGAUGCCUGGCCCCCUGCCCUCACCGCGCUCUUUGCUCCGCUCUGCUAGUGACAACAACCUGAACGGCGACCAUGAUCACAUUCAUGGUCAGACCCCUCAAGAGAUGCGUGGCCGUCAGGGUCACUCCCCUGUCCCCUCGCUGCGCAGUCUGCCAGCCUUUGGGCAGCAGCAGACUAGCCUUGGAGAGACUCGUCAUGGUGAGAUCCCUGACAGCAGCCUCCAGAGUACUGGCAGCUCUAGGUCCUCGCAUUCCCGCUCGCCAUCGCUACAUCACUUGCAUGACGAGGACAAGCCAGUUCCCCGAAGGUCCCACAGCCACGGCUACCCUCAUGGAUACGGCCCUCGUGGAAGACUCAGCCCAGGCUCAGUGCAGCGAGAUCCAAGCCCCCCUCAUCACAUCCCCUCAGUGCUGCCAGGCCCUCGUGGGCCCAAACGGAAACUCUACAGCGCUGUCCCAGGACGCACCUUUAUAGUGGUCAAGCCCUACACACCCCAGGGGGAAGGAGAAAUCCAGCUUAACCGUGGAGAGAGGGUCAAAGACUAUGACUGUAAUGACGUAGAAGCUAUACCAGAGGAUCAUCUUUAUGAUGAGAUCAGACUGGUAAAGGAUGACUCUCUGGACUCACAUGUGCUGAGUAUAGGAGAAGGAGGUUUCUGGGAAGGCACAGUGAAAGGAAGGACGGGCUGGUUUCCAGCAGACUGUGUGGAAGAAGUUCAGAUGAGGCAGUUCGAUCCACGGCUUGAGACUCGGGAAGACCGCACAAAGAGACUGUUCAGACACUACACUGUGGGAUCCUACGACAACUUCACCUCGUACAGUGACUAUAUCAUAGAGGAGAAAAAUGCUGUUUUACAGAAGAAGGAAAAUGAAGGGUUUGGCUUUGUCCUCCGCGGAGCCAAAGCUGAGACUCCAAUUGAGGAGUUCACCCCAACGCCUGCGUUUCCUGCUCUGCAGUACCUGGAGUCUGUGGAUGUGGAGGGAGUGGCCUGGUGGGCGGGUCUUAGGACAGGAGACUUCCUCAUCGAGGUCAACGGGGUGAAUGUAGUGAAAGUGGGCCAUAAGCAGGUGGUGUCCUUGAUCCGGCAAGGUGGCAACAGGCUGCUGAUGAAGGUGGUGUCAGUCACACGCAAACCUGAGUCAGAGGAAGUCGUUCGCAAGAAAGCUCCCCCGCCACCCAAGAGAGCUCCCAGUACCACCCUGACACUGCGCUCUAAGUCCAUGACCGCUGAACUAGAAGAACUGGCUUCCGCUCGAAGGAGAAGAGGAGAGAGACUAGAUGAGAUGUUGGCAUCCCAGGAGUCCAUGCUGCGUUCACAGCCCUCAGAGGCCGAGUACAGAACAGCCACUGUCAAACAACGACCUACCAGCAGGAGAAUAACACCAGCAGAGAUCAGUUCACUGUUUGAGCGACAAGGGAUGACUCUACAUGGUGGUCUUCACCCAGGUAUAGAGCAAGGCCACAUACCACUACCAAGGGGGAUGUCCAGGACCAAGUCUUUUGGUGCCACUGAAGAGGAUCGGCUUUCUGCUCUAGCAGCUGAGCAUCGAUUUCCCCGCAGUUCCUCUAUGACAGACACCCUGCGAGACCACUCGCAGCCUCAUCCCAUUCCCCCACCUCCACAAACGGCACCACCUCCUCCCCCUUACUACCUAGACACUGGUCCUCCCCCGGCCUUCUGCCCUCCUCCUCCCCCAUCCAGGACCCAAAGUCAGGGCCAUGAGCCUGGAGGACGCUCAAGCUUCAAGCCCUCCUCCUUGGACCUGCCUUACGAGGCUGCCCAGCGGCAGGCUACACACAUCGAAAGACAAAAGAAAGCUCGCUCCAUGAUCAUCCUCCAGGACUCGUCACAUCUCCCUGUAGAACCUACAGAAAUUCCUCGUCCUUCUGCUGCUACUCCACCUGAGCGAAUCAAGAGGAAGGGUCGGAUCAUUGACAACCCUUAUGCUAACGUAGGUCAGUUUAGCAUUGGACUGUACACACCCACUAAGCCCCAGAGGAAGAAAAGCCCCCUGGUGAAACAACUUCAGGUGGAAGAUGCACAAGAAAAAGCUAGCUUGGCCUUAGCUGCUGCCCAUUCUCGAGACAGCUCACCCUCAGGGCGUCACCCACAUACCCAUGGGCACACACACACCAGUCGUGUGGACUACUAUCAACAGCAGCUAAUGGCUGAGCGAGAGCGGGUGCGUGCCCAAGGAGAAAUUCUCUUUCAAUCUAAAGGCCCAUUUGCUGCUGCAAUUGCUGGAGCAGUCAAAGAUCGCAAGCGUCGCCUAGAGGAACGGAGGAAAUCUACUGUCUUCCUUUCUGUUGGGACCAUGGAGGGGGCUUCUGCCACUAGCCCAGAUGCCCCCUCUCUGACUCAGUCUCACUCUAUCGAUGAACGGAUGCUAAGCCGAGAACUGGGACACCUGCCUCCCCCUGCCUUGGCCCUAAGCCCCUCACCUAGUGGGACCACCUUUAUCCAUCCACUUACUGGAAAGCCCCUGGACCCCAGCUCACCACUAGCUCUUGCGCUGGCCGCAAGGGAGAGGGCUCUGACCUCUCAGAGCCAGUCCCCAACUGGUAGCCCAGAACCUAGGACUAAACAGGAACGGGCAGACCAGAGCAUAAUAUUCAUUGACACUCAGACCAAAGAGUCGCUACGUGGCGAAGUGGCAGCCACAUCUCCUCCUUUCUCACCUAAAAGCGCUAAGGCAGCGGGGUAUGCAGUUGGAGCCUCCCCAGCAUCAAUUUUAGCUACUCAGCCCACCAAGCCCCAGUGGGCAACCCCAUCCUCACCUGUAUCAUUUCGGCAGGAGAUGGAGGCCAGAGUAGAGGAGAGGAAAGAGGAAAAGAGGCUAGAGGAUAAAAAAAGUAUGUUAAUCAGUAUUAUGGAUACGUCACAGCAGAAGACAGCGGGCCUAAUUAUGGUCCAUGCUACCAGUAAUGGCCAGGCUGUUGGAGUGGGUUCAGAGCUAGAACAAAUGCCUGCCCAAACCUCAAUGGAACCCAGCAAAUCUCCAAGUCCAAGGGUUAAAUCCCCAAGUCCUACUGUCCCCCAGACCCAGCUUCAAGCCCAACUGCAAACCCAGCGUCCUGCCAGUCCAGCCCAAGAGAAGAGUCUGGCUCAGGGAAGCUCUGAAGAGGAUGUAGAUCCAUACACGGUGACCCUGCCCCCUGCAAUGCUCACCUCUAGUGAUGAGGAAACCAGAGAGGAGCUACGUAAGAUUGGUGUUGUUCCACCACCAGAUGAGUUUGCUAAUGGGCUGCUGGCAGAGGUGCAACGAGUACCAGUGUCUCCAACUAAACCUGCCACUGCUCCAACAACCCCUACAACACCAACAACGCAAACACCCUCAGCUCCAACAACCACAGUUGUGACUCCUGUCCAGCCUCAGCCUCCCAAGCCCCCACCUCCACCCAGUGCAGCAGCUGUCUCAGGGAAACCCUCUGAUCCUUUGGAGCGCCCACCGGUGGGUGAGUCUGGCUCUGCAGCUGACUCAGGCGUAGAGGAGGCUGAUACUCGCAGCUCCAGUGAGAGAGAGCGAGACCACCAUCUCGAGACCACCAGCACAGUAUCUACAGUUUCCAGCAUGUCCACGUUGUCCUCAGAAAGCGGCGAGCCUGCCGACACACACACCACGCACACCUCCUAUGCUGACGGACAAACUUUUGUGCUCGACAAGCCGCCAGUGCCUCCUAAGCCCAGACUCAAGUCCCAGAUAGGAGGAAGUAAGGGGCCCGUCACCUUCAGGGACCCUCUGCUGAAGCAGAGCUCUGACAGCGAGUUACUAUCACAGCAACAAGCUGCUGCCCUGGCUGCUGCUGCAGCCGGUGGAGCUGGGCUCCCCUCAGGUGGUUCAGCCUCUGUGACUGGACUAGCCCCCACCAAACCACGCUACCUCUUCCAGCGGAGGUCCAAGCUGUGGGGGGACCCAGUGGAACCCCGUGGACCAGGGGUUGGGCUAGGUAUUGGGAGUUUGGGCAAUCUUGGUGGGCUGGGAUUAGGCCUGGGUGCAGAUGAAGGAUCCAAACCCUCUGUUAUGGGGGAGCUCAGUUCACGACUACAGCAGCUAAAUAAAGACACUAGAUCGUUGGGAGAGGAACCACUUGGAACGUCACUUGACCCAGGGAGGAAGUCACCUGUGGCAGGUGCCAGACUUUUCAGCAGCCUAGGCGAGCUCCAUACCAUUUCCCAGAGAAGUUAUGGCACUACAUUCACCAUCCGCCCCGGCAGCCGCUACCCGGUCACCCGACGCGCCCCCAGCCCAGGCUCGGGUUCACCUGACCGGGGAGACCCUCUUGGUCGGUUUUCAGGCUUCGGCAUCCCGACCUCACCAACCACACCUCCGCAAACCAUCCUCAAAUCUUCUAGCCUCAGCCUGCCCCAGGAGCCCAAAGAGGUCCGCUUUGUGAUGAGGAGCUCCAGCGCCCGCUCCCGCUCCCGCUCCCCUUCCCCGUCACCCUCCCACUCCCCUAGGCUGGGGUCGCCCCUUCUAGCCCUCCGGCCUUUCCACCAAAAACCCCUGCACCUCUGGAACAAGUACGACGUGGGAGACUGGCUCGAGAGCAUAAAUCUGGGGGAGCACAGAGCUGGAUUUCAGGAACACGAGAUUGAAGGCUCUCACCUUCCAGCACUAACCAAGGAGGACUUUGCAGAGUUGGGAGUGACGCGAGUGGGACACCGCAUGAACAUUGAGCGAGCACUAAAACAGCUGCUAGAGAGCUGACCCCUGCCCUGAGACACAGCAACAGUGGAGAGGAAGACAAAGAGAAAAGCGAAAAACACAGUUGAUGAAAAUAAAGAGGAAUAACGAGGGACAGCUCCUCUUUUACUCUGGCCGCAUCAUGUUCUGCACCACACGUUUACUUAGUCCGCACCUUCCUUUGUCCGUGAACAUCCUGCACUGAAGAGGACGACUCACUACAUCUGUCUGUUCUUCGCCUGCAGCCACUUAGAUCCGACCUCAACGUGUGUUCUGGUUUUUCUUUGCUGCGGGGAAGUACACGAGCUCCGAUUAAAAGAUUUCAUUUGUGAAUUUGUUGUUUCCAUUAGCAACACCCACACUUCCCUGCCCCCUCCUCCCUCCUUUCUACCUCUGUCCUUCCAUCUAUUCGGCCUCUCGAAGCCUUUUGCAGUUUGAGUAAAGGAGGAGAAGCAAGAACUUUCGUUCCAAACAGAAAGCUCAGUUGCCUUUCAAAAUAUUUAUACGGUGAUCAUCAAUCAAUAAUGGUGAACACAGGACUUCGGACAUAUAUACCUGCUGUUGUUUUUAAACUGAAGACUUUUGAGCCAAGAGGUGGAGCUCCACACAGUAAACCAUGGGAGAAAAGCCCUCUGCCUUGGUACCCAGACUGUGCUAUCUAUUAUAUUUGGAGAAUGUUUAACCAACACUCGUGGCUUUUUUCACAAUCAUUUUUUUUGGUUUUCCAAAGGGAAUAUUAUAUAUAGGUAUUAUAUAAUAUGAUAUAUAUGUAUCUUAAUAUAGCUUUCAGAAGAAAAGAAAAUGUUGCUAAGAGGAAAUGUAAUAAAUUAAUCUGCGCCUGUUUUUGGUUUUUAGUAUAGACGGCAAAGAGAAUCUUUAAAUUUAUUCCGCCAAUAGUUUACUCAUUUCUACCAAUUAUAUACAUAUAUAUAAAUAUAUAUAUAUUUGACAGAAAAAAGUAUAUAGAUAUGACAAUUGAUUUUUUGUCAUAGGUAUACAACUUUCCUUAUCGCCCUUACUUGAACCGUAGCAUGACGAGUUGCAUCAUGUCUUGAGCAGAGCAUUUGUUGUUUGUGUUUAUUUUCUUACGGUCUUCCUUCAUACUAAAGGGCAUCCCAUAAUGUGAGGCUGAGACCUCAGUUGAAACCCAUCCCUACUGCUUCAGCUACGGAUCCUCUGUCUGUGGCUUAUCCUCCUAACGAGACAGCUAGUUAGUUAAAGGGGCUCUUCAUCUGAUGCCUGUUAAUCACUCAGGGAUGGAAGUUUGGGGCAGUAGCAUGGAGAAGCUCUUUAGUACCUUUUAAAUUCAUAACUGUGAGGACUUUUGAACACACAGUCUGAAAAAUGUUUGAAGGCUAGAAAAAUUUCCAUCCCUGUGAUCCCUAAGUACGCUUCUCAGUCUGGUCUGCCCGAACUCUGGUAAAGCAACCAAGGUCAGGACAAAGAAACACCGGGAUGUUUCUCAUCACUAGCAUAAAAGAAAUGAUCACGGAGAUUCUAGACAGCAGACAUUUUUCACUUCCCCCACUUUUAAGUUCAAUUUGUAUGAAUCUGGCCUCAUUGAACUUAAACUGUUCUAAAAACGUGUCUGUUUUCUCCUCAAUCUAUUCGAUCUGGAGUGAAACCUUCUCAAUCCUGUCGUGCAAGGGCUCCAUACAAUACGCCACUGCAGGAAACGUGUCUAUGGCUCAUCAGGCUGUGGGGAUGGGGAAGCUGCUGUAAGGUCUUACAGAAAAUGCGGUAUUUUACAACCUGGCAGUGUUUUACAAAGCGCGGCUUCUCUAUUAUUUACAUAGUGAAUAAAAUACUACCAUAAGCGAUGGCAGCCAGACGUCGACAAACAAAAGCCAGGUUGUAAAAGGAACUGAAUUUUCCUUUAACAAUACAAAAUCUACAAUUGUACUCAUGAGUAGCUUCUGCUGGCAGUGAGAACCAGUGAGUUUUAUUCACACAACAGAAACCUGUUCUGUCCUGAGCUUUUCCCGUGUAGAAGGCUUGUGAUCUCUUACCACUACGAACCUCCACACAUCAGCAGCAUCCGGUCAGUGCGGAGCGGCAGGUUUACUGGGUGAGGAUUUGCGUGUGUUUUUAAUUUCUUCAUUUCUUUUUGGUUAACACUUUGAAAAGGCAGGAGAUGAAUAAAAUAUAUAAGUGUGGGUUGUAGGAAUAGCACUCACUGCCUCACUGUGACCUCACUGAUUCUUCUACUUCUGACUCCAGUGUUGUCUCCUCAGACUCAUUCGGACUCUUUGUGUUCAUGAUUGAUUUCCUCGUUAUUAUUUCCCUUUUGUUGCCCUCAGACUCUGCGGGUAGACUUUGUAGCGUGUGGAACAUGACACCUAAAUUGUUAAUUCAUUUGACUUUUAGAAUGACACAAAAAAACAGAAGAGACAAAUAUCCUGUCCAUUCUAAAUGUACUUAAACUUGUAAAAAUGAACAGACUACAAAUAUGUGCUUUUUUUAUCACGAGCAAUGUAUAUAUAAUAGAUUUCAUAUAAAUUUUUGAAAAACAAAACUAUAUAGAUCUAUAUAUGAAUGUUUGGCAUAUAUGCAUAGUUAACCACCUGUGGAAAAGGUGAACAGAUUUUAUUCUUUCUAUGAACUCUUGAACUUUUGAACUCUGAACUAUGAACUAGGGGAUGAUUUGCACAAAACAAGGUGACAAGGUGCUAACAUUUAAGCCACCCAUAGUCCAAGCGCAUGUGUGCAUCCGGAUUCUCUGAAUCUCUCUGUGUGGUUGUUCCUCUUCACCGUGCGUCUGUGUGUGUGUGUGUGUGCGUGUGUGUGUGUGUGUGUGUGUGUGUGUGUGUGUGUGUGUGUGUGUGUGUGUUUAAACGCUUGAAUGCUCAUGCGACAGGGUGCGUAGUUAAUUGAGUCCACAAUAGCCUUACUGUAACACCAUCAGAGAUUCCCGGCAGUGGCUGUGUCACACAAACACACACACACACACGCAUACACAAAUAGGACUGCACAUAUACGUACAUCUUUAAAUCAAUUUACGGCCAUUGCUUUCUUUUUUGUACUGAGUGAAAUUUUUAAAAAGUGGACUGCCCUGCCCAGGAGGGAGAGACAGACAGAGAGAGAGAGAAAGAUUCUCAUGGGCGAGUGAACAAACCAUUGUCACAUUUUCUAUUGCAAGACAACUACAACUCACCUUGCAACUGUGUAGGUACAGCUUAUGCAGUAUCACUGUUUUGUAUGCCUACUCCCAGAUGGCAUUUGUGCUCCCUACCCUACACACUGUUUGGCAGCACUCCUUUUUCCUUUUUCAGACCUUCAGUUUCUGAGUUUUGGAUGUUAUACGAAGUGAACCAGUGAGCAACAAACACAAAAGAAAAAUGUGCCAAAAAUAACUGAACUUUAAACUGUAUAUUUGUCUUUGCUUUAGGACUAUCUUAUCUUAGUUGCAGCGUUCUUGAGCUGUUAGACUCAAUAACAUGGUGCCAUCUCCUGGAAAUCUUGAGAACUACAGACAUCUGUUAGAUCCUUCUGUAAUAAAACCGGAAUGAAAAUGACUGAAACGCAAGGGUUUCUUUUUGUGGAAGAUACUUCCACAGAAAACAACAUCUUGAUCUAGAUCCUACGGUGAUGAAGGAUAUUACCCAGUCGGCUUAGUGGUCCCACAUAAGUACAAAUAACAGCUGAAACACAAAGUGUACAGUCUGGAGUCACAGACUUGUCUAGUUAGGACAAAUAAUGCUGUAGUGAACGACUGGUUGGAUUGUGUACGUUUACCACAAAUACAGAUGCAAAAUGAGCAAUGAGUAACGGACCUACACAUCAUGAGGUCAAAUACGUUCAUUAUGGGGUUAUCUCUGUCCUAUUUUCUAAACAACAAAGCACAAUCUACAUAGUUUAGAGGAAGUGGUGUAACCUUUUUAAAAACCCACUGGAACCAGUGAUCUUAUCAAAGGUUUUUUUUCUUUCAUUGUUGGUUUUCUCCUUGUUUGCACUGUGAAGUUUAGACGGUGGAGGUAUCACUGCAAUGCCUCAGCCUUGUCUCACAGGUGAACUUCCCCUUCUUGGCACCUGAUGACUAGAAAAUUCAUCUGUUAUUCUCCUGGAAGCUUAUAGCAUUAGAACCCUCCCCCAAGGUUGAAAUACAUAAGUUACCCAGAAGCUACCUAGUAUUUCUCAUGCAGCAGAGGAAGGGGGAUAGUAAGGUUUGAGUCAAGAUCUGAGAUGUUGCCCAGGAUGUCUCCACCACAGAGAUAUAUGUUUGUUAUAAUAUGUAAUAAAUUUAUAAUUAAAACAUGA